AUGAAAGCCACAUAUCUCCUCGCCGUGGCCUCGGCGGCCGUCAUGGCCAAGCCCAUGAAGCUUAGCAAAGACUCCAUGGUCGUUCACAACCUGGAACAAAGACACUCAAUAACGCAAAUGGAGCUUGAUAAUUUCAGGAUCUACUCCGAGUACACUGCCGCCGCGUACUGCAACGUGGGCCGCAAGCCUGGCGACCGCAUCAAGUGCGGCGGCGGCACCACCUGUGCCGGCGUAGAAGCCAACAACGCCACCAUCUCGUCCACGUUUGUCGGCCGCUUGACCGGAGCCGGGGCCAUCAUCGCGCUCGACCACACCCGCCGCGAGAUCAUCCUGGCCUUCCGCGGCAGCGACAACAUCCGCAACUGGAUCACCAACUUCGUCUUCGCCCGCGAGGACUGCGACCUCGUCGCCAACUGCAAGGUCCACAGCGGCUUCCGCAAGGCCUGGCAGGAGAUUGCCGACGCCACCACCCACGGACUCGAAGCAGCCACGCGUGCUUGCUCCUCCUCCUCCUCCUCCCCACACGGCAACGACGACUACAAGGUCGUCAUCGCAGGGUACUCGCUCGGCGGCGCCGUCGCCACCCUCGCGGCCGCCCACCUGCGCCGCGCGGGGCUCGUCGCCGACGUCUUCACCUUUGGUUCGCCGCGCGUCGGCAACGACGCCUUCGCCAACUUCGUCACCAGCCAGCCCGGCGGCCGCUCGUGGCGCGUCACCCACCGCGACGACCCCGUGCCCCGGCUGGGCCCCAUGUUUCUCGGCUACCGCCACAUCUCGCCCGAGUACUGGCUCGCGGGGGGCGGCGUGGACCAGACGGACUAUCCCGUCGGCGCCGUGCGCCGCUGCGACGGCAUCGCCAACACGGAGUGCAAUGCCGGGACGUUUGGCCUCAACAUCUUCUCUCAUCUCUACUACCUUACCCACAUGAUUGGCUGUGCCAAGUUCCCUCAACCUUGGAAACGAGACUCUCAGGGCGUCUCGGAUGAGGAGCUGGAGCAGCGUCUCACUCUGUGGAGCCAGUGGGAUCAGAACUUGGUCAAGGGCGCUUGAUGGGCGCGAGGCCCCCGGGCUGUCGCAUCGUUCGGCAGGUAAACAUCCAAGGGUCUGGGACACGGCCAGCCGGCGCAUAAUGAAUACAACUACCGUAUGCACCUCACCGUACAGAGUUUCAAGUGGCCCACUGGCAGCGAGGAGUGCUGGCUUGGCCAGCCAGCUCGGAAACCACGACAACCAGCAUAACUUCGACGAGAGAAUGGCAGCUGAUUUCUCUCUUGAGGCAAAUGGGUGUCAGAGACUCUACUUCCUACGGCGGGGCGCAAGUCACUUGCCUUGGUGUAUACGGUACUCCGAUCGCAUGUCGCAUGGCUUUCAUCGACCUCCUCAUGUUACAAACACGUAGCCCAUUCCUUUAGUAUACUGGCGUCGGCAUCGGAUAACUGUACAUAGCCUUCAGAAACGUCAUGUGGCACUUGCCCAUUCGCGCCGAACUCCGUGUAGUUGC